UCCGCUGCUCCUCUACUCAGAAUGCUGAGAACCUUCACCGGGAAAAAUAUUGCCUAUGAGAGGAUCUCAGCCAGUGGGAAGAAUGAAAAUCCAGAAAACAAGGUCUCCUUUAUCAGCAGGGUGACAUAUUCCUGGUACAGCAGGAUCAUAACACUUGGUUAUAGAAAACCAUUGGAAAGAGAAGAUCUGAUUGACCUGAAUGAAGAUGAAUCAUCGUAUAAUAUUUACCCUGCGUUUGAAAAAAACUGGAGAAAAGAAAUAGCGCAACAAGGCAAAAAGGAUUCCAGUUCCAGGAAGACGUCAUUGCUGAGAGCAUUAUGGAGCACCUUCAAGUAUUCUCUAAUCUAUGUGGCUCUGAUGAAAGUAAUGGCGGACGUCUUGGCAUUUACAAGCCCCCAGAUUUUAAAGCAGAUGAUAACUUUCUGCGAGAAGCAGUCGGGCGACUCCAGGACUGGCUAUAUGUUUGCCGUGUCUCUUCUCAUAGUCACCAUUCUACAAACUUUGAUCCUACAACUUUACCAAAGAUACAACAUGCUGACUGCGGUGAAAUUUAAAACGGCUGUCAUUGGGAUGAUAUAUAAGAAGUCACUGAACUUGGCAAACUCUACUCGGAGGAAAUUUACAACAGGGGAACUGGUAAAUUUGAUGUCCUCGGAUGCCCAGCAGCUCAUGGACCUCACCGUGAACAUUAAUCUGCUGUGGUCCGCCCCGUUCCAGAUCCUCAUGGCCAUCUUCUUCCUGUGGCAGGAGCUUGGGCCAUCCGUGUUGGCUGGUGUGGCUGUGCUGGUCCUGGUCAUACCUUUGAACGCUUACAUUGCUGCUAAAGUAAAGCAGCUGAAGAAAAGCCAUUUGAAGAGUAAAGAUAAACGCAUCAAGUUACUGAAUGAAAUCCUACAUGGAAUAAAGAUUCUAAAGCUGUAUGCCUGGGAACCGUCUUACCAGAAGAAAGUGGGUGAUAUUAGGGAGAAGGAAAUGGAUGUGCUAAAAUCUUCUGGAUAUCUGACCACAUUUUCUAUGCUGACGCUCACCUGCAUUCCUUUCAUGGUCUCCAUUGCCACAUUUGGAGUAUAUUUCCUGAUAGAUCAAGAUAACAUUCUGACUGCGUCAAAAGUUUUUACUACAAUAUCGCUCUUUAACAUCCUGCGACUUCCAUUGUUCGAUCUGCCUACAGUCAUCUCAUCAGUAGUGCAGACUGGAGUUUCUUUGGCACGACUGGAAAAUUUCCUUUGCGGUGAAGAACUUGUCCCAGAAAAUAUAGAAACAAAUUUUAAAGGAAAUCAUGCAGUUGGAUUUAGUGCUGCUUCCUUCCAAUGGGAAACAAAUGGUCCUUCUAUCCUGAAAAAUCUCGACAUAAAGAUUCCAGAAGGGUUAUUAGUUGCGGUUGUUGGCCAAGUUGGAACUGGGAAGUCAUCCCUGCUCUCUGCAAUCCUCGGGGAGAUGAAUAAACUGGACGGAACUAUUCAGAGAAAAGGGUCUGUGGCCUAUGUAUCACAGCAAGCAUGGAUACAGAAUGCAUUGCUUCAGGAUAACAUUCUCUUUGGCCAGGCCUUCAAUAAACCAUAUUAUGAUCGAGUCCUAGAAGCCUGCGCCCUUCUUCCUGAUAUGGAGCUCUUACCACAUGGAGACCAGACCGAAAUUGGAGAGAGGGGUGUAAACUUAAGUGGCGGUCAGAAGCAGCGAGUCAGUCUGGCAAGAGCUGUGUACAGCAAUGCAGACAUCUAUCUGUUAGAUGACCCCUUGUCUGCAGUUGAUGUUCAUGUUGGGAAGCACCUGUUUGAUAAGGUCAUUGGACAGAAUGGGUUGUUAAAAAAUAAGACAAGGAUCCUGGUGACACACAGCCUCACCGUUCUUCCUCUAGUGGACUUCAUUAUUGUCAUGGAAGAUGGCAGGAUAGCUCAGGCUGGCACUUACAUGGACCAAAUCUCUAAACGGCAGGACUUGGCAGACUUGAUCCAAACAUCCGUGACACAGAAGGAGAAUCUAAACCAAAAACCUUCAAACCUCGUAAAAGAAACCCAGAAUCUCAAGACCAAUCGGAAACAAGCCAGAGAUAAUCUGGUUCAAAAAGACAGGUCAGUGUUUGAGAUGCCUAAUGCUUCAAAAAUGAAUAAAGAAAAGGUGGCCAUAGGAAAUAUGAAAAUGUCAGUGGUGAUGAAAUAUCUUCAUGCCUUUGGAUGGUUCUGGGUGACCUUCACAAUAGUCGCUUACAUAGGACAGAACGGUAUGGCUAUAGGACAAAAUGUGUGGCUGAGUAGAUGGACAACAGAUGCCAAUCACAUAAAAGAUGCAGCAGAAUGGGCGGACCUGAGGAACAAUCGGCUCGGGAUCUAUGGACUUUUGGGAUUUGUGCAAGGCAUUUUUGUCUGCUGUGGUGCCUAUGUGAUUACAAGGGGGACGAUCUGUGCCUCUCGCUCGCUGCACAAUCAGAUGCUGGACAAUAUCCUACACCUUCCGCUCCAGUUUUUUGAAACGACACCCAUGGGUCAAGUACUGAACAGGUUUACUAAGGACAUUUAUGUGAUAGACGAGCGCUUCCAUUAUUAUUUACGGACAUGGUUAAACUGUAUGCUGGAUGUCCUGGGCACUUUACUGGUCAUUGUGUGUGCCACUCCCCUGUUCUUAGUGGCCAUUGUUCCUCUAGGAUUUUUUUACAUGCUCAUCCAGAGAUAUUAUAUCGCCAGCUCACGACAGAUCCGCAGACUUGAUGGGGCUUCUCGAUCUCCUGUCAUCUCACACUUCAGCGAGACAUUGUUAGGGGCAUCGACAAUCAGAGCCUACGGGCAUCAGGAGAGGUUCUUUGGACAGAAUAAGGACGUGGUGAAUGAAAAUUUGGUCUGCUACUACAAUAAUGUGAUUUCUAACAGGUGGCUUGCUGUAAGAUUGGAAUUUCUGGGGAAUCUGAUGGUUUUCUUUGCCGCUUUGUUUGCCAUGCAAGCCGGUGAUAAAAUGACUUCUGCCACAGUUGGACUGUCAAUCACCUAUGCUCUAAAUAUCACACAGACAUUAAACUUUUGGGUACGUAAAGCCUGUGAGAUUGAGACAAACGGAGUAGCUAUAGAACGGGUUUGUGAAUACGAAGAAAUGGAGAAAGAGGCCCCCUGGGUGAUCGCUAGAAGACCCCCCUCGGAGUGGCCAGACAAAGGAGUGAUUGAAUUCACCAACUACCAGGCCAGAUAUCGGGAAGACUAUGACCUGGCCCUCCGUGAUGUCACCUUCCAGCUGCGUACUACAGAGAAGCUUGGCAUUGUUGGGAGAACAGGAGCUGGGAAAUCUACACUCUCAAACUGCUUAUUCCGUAUUGUGGAGAGGGCAGGAGGCCGGGUCGUGGUGGACGGGAUUGACAUUGCUACUAUUGGCCUCCAUGAUCUGAGGAACAAACUUAACAUCAUACCUCAGGAUCCAGUGUUAUUCUCAGAAACGCUGCGGAUGAAUCUGGAUCCCUUAGACAGACAUUCAGAUACAGAGCUCUGGGAUGCUCUGGACAUGUGUCAUCUCAAGGACUUUGUGCAGUGUCUUCCCAAGAAACUGUACCAUGACAUCUCGGAGGGAGGAGAGAACCUCAGCGUUGGACAGAGGCAGCUGAUCUGUCUUGCUCGAGCCUUGCUCCGGAAAACAAAGAUUCUGGUUCUGGAUGAAGCCACGGCCUCUAUUGACAUUGAAACCGAUAAUCUGGUGCAGAGCACUAUUCGCAAGGCGUUCAUUGAUUGCACUGUACUGACCAUAGCGCACAGAUUGCACACUGUCUUGGACAGUGAAAGGGUGCUUGUUCUGGAAGCCGGCAGAGUUGUGGAGUUCGAUGAGCCCCAGCGACUGAUACAGAAGAAAGGAGUCUUCUUCAAGAUGGUGGCAGAAGCCGGAAUACUCCAGAACACAGAAGAGUAAAAGACAUUCAGAAGAUUGAGAAGAUCACGAGAGAUCAGAAUGUUCCCUGAACAGAAAUCUCAAAAUCUGCUUCUAGACAAAGGAAGUAUGAAGACCGGAACAAUGAA